ACUGAGCCGCAUACUAUACUCCGUUCUAUCUUAGGCUUAGUUCAACUGCAUCUCGUUGACUAACCUAUAGGCGUGUUUCCCUUCCAUUGUAUGCUAUUUCCCCCUGUACAAACGGUAUGUUUAUAUCAAUUCAACAUCGGAAUCUCCGCCGGCUUUAGCCCUAGCUGACCAUGACAAAACCUCAAGAUGGAGUCCAUUGCCCGCUCUUGCGGAUUCCUCUGUCUUCAUCUGGGGGAGCUGGGAUAGUGAAAUACCAAUACAUGCCAUCUUGUAGUGUCCGGAGCACUCGCCUCAGUUUGAUCCACUCGAAACCAUGAUCGCCGGGCCGUUUAAGGUGAUUGAGCAUACUGCACCCUGCCAGCAUAUCAGGGAGUAUCCGCGGGCAAUUGCUACAGAACAGGAAGAGACCCUGUGGUUAUCUGUCAAGCAGUAUGUGCCAACCGAUAACCCUAACCCGAAGCCUGGGGAUAUAACCAUCAUCGGAGCUCAUGCGAAUGGCUUCCCGAAGGAACUAUAUGAGCCGCUAUGGGAGGAGCUCCUUUCGCGCGCAAAGCGCCAUGGCUUCGGCAUUAGGGGCAUCUGGAUUGCAGACGUAGCGCAUCAGGGCAACAGCGGCGUGUUGAAUGAGAACGUACUGGGAAAUGACCCUUCGUGGUUCGAUCACCCCAGAGAUCUGCUACAUUUCAUCAACCUGAAUCGAGCAGAAAUGCCCCGUCCACUCUUUGGUAUCGGCCACAGUAUGGGCGGUAACAACCUAAUAAACCUUGCUCUAUUACACCCUCGGCUCCUCACCUCCCUCAUCCUCAUGGACCCUGUCCUCAAUGGACUCGAAGUAACCCAACAACACCAUACCUUCCACACGAAAACCACCACAAUCCCCACCACAACCGCAGCUUCCAGCUACCGGCGUGAUAUCUGGCCCUCGCGCGCCGCCGCAGCAGAAUCUGUCAAGAAAAGCAAGUUCUACCAGGCAUGGGACCACCGCGUCCUCGACCGUUGGAUCCAAUACGGUCUCCGUGAACUCCCCACGGCGAUCUACCCUCUACCACCAACACCAGCAUCGCCAUCGCCAUCUACAGCAUCUCCACAAACAACCGAAAACGCAACAAAACCCGUAACCCUCACCACAACCCGCCACCAAGAAGUCUUCACCUUCUCCCGCCCAAAUUUCACCCCGCCCAACACAAAGCCAUUAAACAGACUUACGCACCCCGAUCUCUUCCCCGGCAUAACAUCCGCAUACCCCUUCUACCGGCCCGAAACCGCCUUAACUUUCGCCCGCCUCCCCAAUCUCCGCCCGUCAGUCCUCUACGUCUUCGCGGACAAGUCAGACAUGUGUCUCCCCCAGUUCUGCAAGGAUAAGCUAGACAAUACGGGCAUUGGUGUGGGGGGCAGCGGCGGGUUGGCGGAGGGCCGUGUCACAUCCGUCAUGCUGCAUGAUGUGGGGCAUCUAAUUCCGAUGGAGGCGGUGGGAGAGACGGCGGACCAUGCGGCUGAGUGGAUUGGGAGGGAGAUGGAGAGGUGGCGGAGGGAGGAGGAGGAGUUUAGGAAAGUGUGGGGGAAGAUGUCGAGGAUUGAGAAGGUGAUGAUUGAUGAGGAGUGGAAGAGACUUGUUAAGCCGCCGGUUAGGAAUAAUCGGAGAAAUGGGGGGGUGAAGUUGUGAGGUGGAGAUGGGAUGGGGUUGGUCUAUUCUGUUAUAAAUAUAUAUAUAUAGAAUUUUUUGGUAUUGAAGGCCUUGGCUUAUGUUUUGUUAGCUCUUGGAGGUUUAUGUUUGAUUUUGGUCUUUUGAAUAGUGAACCGCGUGAUGUAGAUAGAUACAUUUCCUAUUCAUCGAUAUAAAUUUACAAGAGUUAUUCUAAUGUCCUCGAAUAUUCGCAAUUUCCC